AUGACCAUGACGCUCGACACCACUCAGCAGCGGUUUGGGCCUUCGUUGAAUUUCGACUAUUCAGCGCCUGCACAACCGCCUGCAUUCUCGAAUCCAUGGUCCUCAUCUUCACCAUCACAGCAUCCCCCUACGGGAAGCAGUCUCUUUGUUGGUAGCCAACCUGCACUCAACCCAAGCAUCAUGGCCGGAAAACCACCCCAAAGUCGUGCGAGCACUAGUAGCACUUCUUCAAUGGCUUCAUACGGAGGCGCGAUGCCUGUCCCCAACACAUCUGCGGAUCUUCUUAGCAUUAACAGAAUGCAAACAACAUCUGCGGCUUAUGGAGAUCCCACUUACACUACAUCUGCCUCUCCUGUCAACCACCAAUUUGCGCCUACAUCAGCUGCCCCGUAUGACACGCUGGGCUACGCACCAGCUCCCGUGCGCCCUCCACCCUUUGGACUCGCUCCGGCUGAUGAGCACGCCAGAAGGUACUCCCAACACAUCCAGGAUGAACGGAGGAGCUUUGCCGAUGCUCUCGAUGCUAGCCAUGGCAUGUUGGCUAUGAGCCAGGAGACACCUCGGCCUAUCUAUGGCGCGCGAAGUGAUCGAUCCUCUGUUGAUUCCUAUGGAUUCCCUUCUACCCAUUCAACUAGCUCUUCUAUCUCUUCCAGUGGUAACUUUAGCUCUUACUAUGGCGACUCCGUUUCUGAUUACUCAACUGCGGGUUCUGAUAUUGAGUCUGUGUCUUCGAGGACCCUACCCCGACCUCAGGGCCUCAUGGGUUCACAAAUCCCGCCUGCCCCCCAGUCCAUGAUGGGCCAGUUUAGCUCUAAGGUUUCGUCCAGUACACAGAAGAAGCAUAAAUGCAAGGUCUGCGAUAAGCGAUUUACUCGACCUAGCUCUUUGCAAACCCAUAUGUACAGCCACACGGGCGAGAAGCCUUUUGCUUGUGAGGUAGAAGGAUGUGGCCGACAUUUCUCAGUUGUUUCCAAUCUUCGACGCCACCGAAAGGUUCAUCGUGGUGACGCCCGCUCCGAGGCUGGCUCUGAAGACCAUCACUCGGACUAA